AUGGGGGAGGCUCAGAUAAAUAGGAAUCAGCAGAUGAAUCCAUCUGCUGCUCCACAGGGAAGGAGGGGGCCUGCUGAUGCAGGGGCUAAGCCUGGUGGGAGCAAUAUUUCAACGGGUGGUAAUUACCAAGGUGGAGAUGGGAAUAGAGGUUAUGGGAGAGGAGGUAACUGGGGGAGGGGGAAUAAUAAUGCCAUGGGGAAUCGGGGGCCUGUUAAUCCAAUGAGGAAUAGGGGUGGGGGGAUGGGUGGCAGAGGUAUAAUGGGUCAUGGUGGAAAUGGAUUUGGGCAGGGUAUGGGUGGUACUCCACCACUGUUGCAUCCUCAGUCAAUGAUGAAUCAGGGUUUUGAUCCUGCAUUUGGUGGUCCCAUGGGUAGAAUGGGCAAUUAUGGAGGCUUUCCCGGUGCUCCAACACCACCAUUCUCUGGUAUUUUACCUUCAUUCCCUGGUGUGGGAGGUGUUGGUUUGCCUGGAGUGGCACCUCAUGUCAAUCCGGCAUUUUUCGGAAGAGGGAUGCCUGUGAAUGGUAUGGGGAUGAUGCCCACAUCUGGCAUGGAUGGUCCUAAUAUGGGAAUGUGGUCCGAUCCGAAUAUGGGUGGAUGGGGUGGUGAAGAGCCUGGUGGUGGUAAGGCUGGAGAGUCAAGUUAUGGGGAGGAAGCUGCAUCAGAUCAUCAGUAUGGUGAGGUGAGUCAUGAUAGAGCUGGGUGGCCUAUGAGGGAAAAAGAUAGAGGGUCGGAAAGGGACUGGUCUGGUUCUUCUGAGAGAAGGUAUAGGGAUGAUAGAGAUCAAGGAUAUGAGAGAGAUGCACCUAGAGAAAAAGAUGUGGCCCAUGACCAUGAAUGGUCUGAAAGAAGGCAUCGUGAUGAUAGAGAAAUGGGCCGAGAACGAUCUCGUGAUCGUGACCGUGAACGAUCUCGAGACCGUGAAAGAGAUCGAGACCGUGACCGAGACAGGCACAGAGAAGAUAGGGACAGGUAUGCAGAUCAUCAUAGGUAUAGAGACCGGGAAGCAGAGCAUGAUGAUGAGUGGGAGAGGGGACGGUCAUCAAGGACUCACAGCAAGUCACGGUUAUCACAAGAGGAGGAACACCAUUCUAGGUCGAGAGAUGCUGAUUAUGGGAAGAGGCGGCGGCUUACUUCUGAAUAA